UAUGUGUGUGUGCGGGUGCGUGCGUGCGUGCGUGCAUGCGUGUGUGUUAACCCGGUCACAGCGUGUUGAAGUUGCGGAGGUUUUUUCUCGGUUGCCAUGGAUUUCUGAAAAAAGCUAUUGACCGCAACUGAUCUUAUUCAGAGCAGAGCAAAAAGCAGAACAAAGCUGUUGCGUUACUUUAUUUUCGUUAAAUAAAUGUAGAACAAAUAAAUAAAUAAAUAAAUAAAUAAAUAAAUAAAUAAAUAAAUAUAGAAUCUCGCUCGAGGCAUUUUUCACGCAAGAUUUCUUCGCUUGCCACACAGUUCAGAGAACGGUCACGACUCUCCUGUACUUACUGGAGUGAGAUGUACUAAAAUCUGGCCCCUACAAUAGUCUUCUCUUCUUCCUCUUCUCAGCUUUGAGGGUGCAGCCAAUGAUGCGAUUACAGUGGAGACUGGGCGUCGCUCUAAUAUUGGGGGUAUUCCUCAAUAACAGGCAUCUCACAAAUGCUCUGGACAUUCCAUUAGAGAUUGAGCAGCCGCCAACGAUAACAGAGCAGUCACCAGCCACUCUUAUCGCUUUGUCCUUUGAUGAGAACUUUGCAGUCAAGUGUGAAGCCAAAGGCAACCCUGAUCCAGAAUUCAAAUGGACAAAAAAUGGACAAGAUUUUGAUCCCUAUCAGGACCCCAUGCUGAUCACUAAUGAAGACUCUGGAACGUUCAUCAUCCCGAACAACGGGAACCUAACUGAAUACCAAGGAACAUAUCGCUGUUAUGCCUAUAACAAGCUCGGAACUGCCAUGUCAGAGCAAAUUGAAUUCAUCAUUCCCAAUGUUCCAAAGUUCCCAAAAGAGAAAAUUGAUCCAAUCAAGGUAGAAGAAGGACAGCCAUUUAUUUUGGAAUGCAAUCCACCUAAAGGAAUUCCUCCACUGGAAAUUUACUGGAUGACCAUAAAUAUGAAGCAGAUAGAGCAAGAUGCGAGAGUGACUGUAGGGCUGAAUGGGAACCUCUACUUCUCCAAUGCCAUUCAGACAGACAGCCGGAGAGAUUACUGCUGCUAUGCAUCCUUUCCAAGAAUACGUACCAUGAUCCAGAAAAACGCCAUGUCCGUUAUUGUCAGCAACUCAAAGUCAAUGAGUCAAUCUGGUAGUGGAAAGGGAGCAGCUAAUGCCAUUCUGGAGAGGAGGCCCAGCCUUCUGUCGCCCUCUGGUGGUCAGACAUUCACUCAUAUUGUGAAAGGGGAGGAACUGAUAUUAGAAUGCAUUGCUGAAGGCUUCCCAACUCCAAUGGUUGAGUGGAUCAAGAUAGGAGACAAGAUUUCUGACCGAGCUUUGUUAAAAAAAUUUGGGAAGCACUUGACCAUAGAGGAAGUGACAGAAGAUGAUGAAGGGAAAUACAUGUGCAAGGCCUAUAACACCCAUGGAGCAGAUGUUCAUUACUUUCAUGUAGCAGUGGAGGAGCCUCCUGAGUGGAAUAUUGAACCCAAGGGUCAGCUGCAUGUCAUAGGAUCUGAGGUUGUCAUCAGAUGUGCUGCAUAUGGCAACCCAGUACCCACUGUGUCAUGGAUGGUGAACGGGCGCUCUCUUAGUGAGGUUCCAGCAACCAAUAGAAAAGUGUAUGAUGACACCAUCAUGAUCCACAACGCCAGCCCUAGUGACAGUGCAGUUUAUCAGUGUGAAGCAUCCAACAGACACGGAACGUUACUGGCCAAUGCUAACAUCAUUAUCAUGAACCUGUCACCACUGAUCCUGACAGAAGAUAAUCUUUUGUAUUCAGCUGUGGUGGGAAAGCGAGUGAUCAUGCACUGCAGGGUGUUCAGCUCACCACCCUCAGCUAUUAUCUGGAGCAAGGAUGACAGUGCUAAUGCCCUUGAGGGACCAAGGUUCUCCCUACAUGCAAAUGGGACACUAGAGAUUUACAGCGUUAAGGAGGAGGAUGAUGGCGACUACACAUGUGUCACUGAAAACUCUGAAGGCAAAUUGGCCAUCACUGCUGUGCUGGAGGUCAAAGCUCCCACUAAGAUUGUGAAUUCUCCUCGGGAUCAGCGUGUUUUGGUUGGAACUACAGUUCAGUUCACAUGUCAGGCUGAACUUGAUCCAUCCUUCAGUGAGGAUUAUGAGAUGAUUUGGGAGAAAGACGGCAUCAUUCUCAACGACAGUGAAAGCACUGGCUAUAUUGUUGAUGGAGAGAUGCUGCAGAUUAUCAAUGUAAGCUUCAGUGACCAGGGUGUAUACUUGUGUGUGGCCAAAAGUCCAGUGGAUCAGGACAGAGCCAUGGCUCUGCUUACAGUCCUGGAUGUACCGGACGCCCCGCAAGGUCUGGUUCUCGCUGAACGCAAAAACAGGACAGUGAAACUUAAAUGGAUCCCUGGAGAUGACCAUAACAGCACUACCACAGAAUUCAUCAUUGAAUAUGAGGAGAGCCAGUGGGAGCCUGGCAGAUGGAAGGAGCUGGUGCGGGUGCUUGGAAAUCAUCACUCAGCUCUGCUGAAGCUCCAUGGGCACGCAGACUAUAGCUUCCGUGUCUCAGGAGUGAAUGAGUUGGGAAGAGGACAACCUAGUAGAGCCAGCGACAGAUAUAAAACCCCAGCCUCAGCACCUGACAAGAACCCUGAAAACAUCAAAAUAGAAGCUCAUUUGCCAAAUGAAAUGGAUAUCAACUGGAAGCCCUUGUCCCCUAUGGAGCACAACGGGCCUGGUUUAGAGUACAAAGUGAGCUACCGGCGACAGGGUGUAGAAGAGGAGUGGCAGGAGCACACAGUAAAGAGGCACUCAUUCGUGGUGAAAAACACGACAACAUUUGUCCCUUACGAGAUUAAGAUCCAAGCAAAGAACCAUGCUGGCUGGGCUCCUGAACCUGAAACCAUAGUCGCCUACUCAGGAGAAGACUUACCAUCAGCAGCACCAGAAGACGUAGCUGUGCAGACGAUGAACAACACAGUGGUGAAGGUCAGCUGGAAGCGCGUUCACAAGGACAAAUUGCAUGGACAUCUGGGAGGCUACAGGGUUGAGUGGUGGCGUCUACGCAGUCUCUUGAACUCGAGGAAAAUACAUGGUGAUAAACACACACUCAUGUUUCCUGGAGACAGAAAUCAUGCCCUAAUCCCCGGGCUCCGACUGUUCUCUGAAUAUAGUCUCAUUGUCAUGGUCUACAACGGACAUGGCAGUGGACCAGGAAGUCACCAGGUCACUUUUAAAACUCCAGAGGGAGUUCCAGAUCAGCCUGUGCUUUUCAGGGCUACAGAUGUUCAGAAGAAUUCUCUCACACUUAGAUGGUCUCCUCCAGUGGAGGCUAAUGGAGUUCUUACCGGGUGUGUCCUGCAGUACCAGCUAAUUAACAACACAGUGGAAGUGGGACCCUUCCUAUCUGUAAACAUCACCAACCCAGAUACAAAUAAAUGGCACCUCAGGGACCUGGAGCCAGUUAGCCGCUACCGGUUCCACCUGUAUUACUGCACACAAAUGGGCUGUGGUCCUGCAGCUAGUGAGGAGUACAUCACCAUCCCAGAAGCACCACCCACUGUGUUGAACAUUAGUGCCUCAGUUAGCGACAACUUUGCAAAUAUCAGCUGGAUUCUUGGGAAGGAACAAAUGGAUUCAGAAUUAUAUGUUGCAUAUAUGAAAAACCGUGAAGGUAACUGGAAGAUAUCUGAGGCCGUUAACUCCUCUAAGACUUUCCUGGUCAUUAAGGAGCUGGAGCCUGGGACAGAAUAUACAGUACGCAUUAUGGCUAAAAGCUGGCAUGAUAGUUCUAGCAUUUUUGAAGAUGUUAUCAGGACCAGGGCCAAAGGUCUGGCCAGUAUUCACAGUGGAAUUUCAAGUCAGGGCUGGUUUAUUGGACUGAUGUGUGCUGUGGCUUUACUCACACUCAUCGUGCUCAUCGCCUGCUUUGUAAACAGGAACAAAGGAGGGAAGUACUCAGUAAAAGAGAAGGAAGAUCUCCAUCCAGACUUGGAGUCUCAAGGCAUAAAUGACGACACUUUCUGUGAAUACAGUGAUAAUGAUGAGAAGCCACUGAAAAGCAGCCAGCAUUCACUGUCUGGAGACCUGAAGCGAGGGGACAGUGGGGACAGCAUAGUGGACUAUGGCGAUGAGGAUGCUCAAUUUAAUGAGGACGGAUCCUUUAUUGGAGAAUAUGCUGGACAAAAGGAAAGGGCAUCUAUGGAAAUCAAAGGAACUUCUCAGAGCAAAGCAUGAAAGGACAAAUCCUAUUUAAUAUUGCUUACAGAUAUUUGGCACAGGGACAAAAAAAGGGAAAAAAAUGUCAUAAUCCCCUCAAAUAUUUCCUUUGUUAAAAACAAAUAACAAAGCAAACAAAAAAAAAAAACAAUAAUUCAUGUGUUUUUUGUAAGUCAUGUUCUCACGCAUAUGUUAUUUUAUAAGUUUUAGAUUCACAUGAAUUGCAACAGAUCAAUCAUUUUCAUCUGUAAAUAGAUGUCAGACAUUCUUUUUAUAUUUUUGAAAUGAUGUCAGUGCUGCCAGGAUUUUUUUUUUUGUCUUGGGAAUGUAAAAUGUAAAAUGGGGGUGGGUUGGGGUGGGGUGGUUGUCCUGUAUUAAUUUGUUAUGCACUCUGAGGUCUCUGUGAUCUCUCCCAUUGUUUUCUUGUAGUCAAACAUAUUUUUUCUUAGAAUAUGUAUUUUUUUUUUUUUGACUUUUAUUUACUUAUAGGCAAAUAUUAUUGCCAUUUUAUAUCUAGAUCUGCAUCCAUUAAAUGUAAUUAAAUAUGUGUACAAAAAGCUGUUCAAUUAAAUUAUUUCUCAUUUUAAAAAGUAUGCAGAUUACAAGACAAAGACAACAUGAGGAUUAUAUAAGCAACUUCUCAUUCUUAGUCAUUAAAUCUGUAAACAUAUCCAGUAUUCAAGCUGCACUAACCAUUAGCCAUUUAUAGUGCAAUCAUUACGUUGUGUUUGCUUAUAUUAACUCAUUGUGAUUUGAGCAAUAUCAUAUGUGGAAAAAAAAAAAUCAUAUCAUAAGGGCUUUACACAAAGGCAAAAAUGCACAUAUAUGCACUCUCUUAGUAAAUACUGUUGCAACUGUGAUUCCCUUUCACCAGGUAUAAAACCUGGUUGAGAUCAAAUGAAAUUUCGGCUGAAGCUUGUGACCCAACAGACAUUUGUCUUGCUUUGAUGGGUGUUCUAUGACCAUACCACAAUGAUCAGUAUCUAAGUCCUUAGUACUAGUAAAUAUUCCAGUUCUAAACAUGAUGUUUAACUAGGCCACUGGAUACACACACAACUGUUUUGAAGAAGCAUAACAAAGUGUAUAAUGGUAUAUGAAAUGUUAAAUUAAAUUUGAAUGGCAUCAGGCAGCUUCUCUGUACAAAUAUGGUGGUGUUUGCAUGUUUAUGGAUGGUCAAUGAGGUUUCACACAUAUUUGACAUUAAAUUUGAUUUACUUGUCUUAUUUGGAUUUUGGUGACUAUGAACACUGCUUUUCUUUCUAAAAUGUUUUUGAUUGAACGUAGCAAAGGUAGAACACUGUGGCCUCUUGUCUUAAAUAAAAUUGUGCUUUAAUUUA